CAUAAAAGGCGGGAGGGGCGGGGAGGGGGCCGAGCGACCACGUGACAGCCCCUCCCUCCCAGGCAUCCUCUCUGCCCCCCUCCCUCCGGGGAAUCGGCACUUUGUUCGGGAUCCUGCCGUCGCUCCCAUUGUGAAGAGAGGAAGGAACCGCCAGCCCCGCCGGGAYGAGGAGGAAGGAYCCCCAGAGCCSUGGGCUGGUGGCCAGGAGCGUGGGCCGCGGGGAAGUUUGGCCCUGGGACUUGGAGGGCGCGAUGGCGAGCGGAGCGAGGAGGAGGAGCAGCGCCGCUUAGCAGCACGGUUCGUCCUUGCCAACUGAACUUUGCUGAUGAUGAAUGGAACAGCCAAUGUGAACGCAGCUGGACGUAGCCACUAUGGCUCUUCUAUUCCUGUUCCCAGAGCUGCAUCCCACAGCAAGAUACACACUCUGGUGGCAUCUCCAAAAUUACCCCCAAGGCAAAAUACUGUGGGAGCUGUUCCUUCACAGAGGGCCCCAUCACCCCGGUCAGGCAAAGGAGUAUCUAGUUCAAGCAAUGGAGCUCCCAAAGGAUCCAAGCAGAAGCUCAGUCUUAAGAAAGCAGAAGCUUCUGAGAGCCAUGGUGGGAUGGAGGGGAUGGAGCCCAACCUCAGCCAGGGCACUGUGUCUGGCUGUAGUAGUCCCCGAGGGCUGCCAAAGGCCAGAAGUGCCAUCUCAGCUAAGAAGGCUGUUGUACAAGCAACAGAGAAAGUAAAGGAUGCCACAAGGCAAACAGAAGACAGUAGCAGCCUUGGUGCCAAGAAGGGUUCCAGAAAGCUUAGCACUGCUUCUGAACCUGCAAAAACCUCACACCUCCCAGGGAAGAGCCCUUCCUAUCUCAGCCUGUAUAGUGAGACUUUGUUGUCCAGGUCUUCGGAGGGACCCACCACAAAAAGGCCACAAAGCUGUCCAGUAAAAGACCAAUGGGCAUCAGAAGCUAACUGGAAAGGAAGUGGGACAACCAAAAUGGAGGAUAAAUCUCAGGUUAUCUCAUUGGACACAAGCAACCUCAACAAGGGCCCUGUGCUACACACUGGACCCAUCAGCUUUUCUUCUGUGUCACAACACAACCAUCCCAUCAUGGCCACUGUAGCACCUUUCCAUUAUCGUCGACAAGGUGAGAAAGACAGGAACACCCUCCCUAAGGAAGAACACUCAUAUCAAGCGCAGCAACCUAGCCCCACUGAAGGGCCUGACUCCAACCCAAGAAGUAUGGAUCCUGAAUCGCAGAGAAAGAGAACAGUGCAGAAUGUCCUUGACCUUCGGCAGAACCUGGAAGAGACGAUGUCUAGCUUGCGGGGCUCCCAAGUAACUCACAGCUCGCUGGAGAUGACAUGUUAUGACAGCGAUGAAGCCAAUCCCCGCAGCGUAUCCAGCCUCUCAAACCGUUCUUCUCCCCUCUCCUGGCGCUAUGGUCAGUCCAGUCCACGCUUGCAGGCUGGGGACGCUCCUUCAGUGGGUGGGGGCUGCCGCUCAGAAGGCACCCCCAGCUGGUACAUGCAUGGGGAGCGAGCACAUUACUCCCACACCAUGCCCAUGCGCAGCCCCAGCAAGCUCAGCCACAUUUCUCGCUUGGAGCUUGUGGAGUCACUUGAUGCGGAUGACGUCGAUCUCAAGUCUGGGUACAUGAGUGAUAGUGACCUAAUGGGCAAAACAAUGACUGAGGAUGAUGAUAUCACCACAGGCUGGGAUGAGAGCAGUUCCAUCAGCAGUGGCCUCAGUGAUGCCUCAGACAAUCUCAGCUCAGAAGAAUUCAAUGCCAGCUCCUCCCUCAAUUCAUUGCCUUCUACUCCUACAGCUUCCCGCAGGAACUCUGCCAUAGCGCUGCGCACAGACUCUGAGAAGCGAUCGCUGGCAGAGAGUGGACUGAAUUGGUAUGGUGAGCCAGAGGAGAAAGCUCAGAAGAAGAUGGACUAUGACAGUGGGAGCCUGAAAAUGGAGCACAGUUCCUCCAAGUGGCGACGAGAGCGCUCUGAAAGCUGUGAUGAGGUUCCUGCUAAAGGCGGGGAGCUGAAAAAGCCUGUCAGUUUGGGCCCACCAGGUUCCUUGAAAAAGGGCAAGAAUCCCCCUGUGGCAGUGACUUCCCCCAUUACCCAUACAGCUCAGACCCUCAAAGUGGCAGGUAAACCUGAAGCAAAAGCUACAGACAAGAACAAGUUGUCUGUGAAGAAUGCUGGCCUGCAACGCUCUUCUUCUGAUGCUGGCCGAGAUCGGAUUUCAGAUGCCAAGAAACCUCCUUCUGGGCUCACACGAACCACCACUUCUGGUUCCUUUGGGUACAACAAAAAGCCACCUCCCGCAACUGGCACUGCCACAGUGAUGCAAGCCGGUGGGUCAGCCACACUUGGCAAGAUCCAGAAGAAUUCCAGCAUCCCUGUCAAGCCAGUCAAUGGCAGGAAAACCAGCCUGGAUGUCUCCAAUGCUGGGGAACCUGGUUUUAUGGCCCCUGGGGCCCGUACCAACAUCCAGUAUCGGAGCCUACCACGCCCAGCCAAAUCUAGCUCCAUGAGUGUGACUGGUGGCCGUAAUGGUCCACGGCCUGUCAGCAGCAGCAUUGACCCCAGUCUUCUCAGCACCAAAGGGGGGAUCUCUGUCUCACGACUCAAGGAGCCCUCUAAAAUUGGCACAGGUCGGAGCACACCAGUGCCAGUGAAUCAGACUGACAGGGAGAAAGAGAAAGCCAAAGCCAAAGCUGUGGCACUGGACUCCGAUUGUGUCUCACUUAAGAGUAUUGGCUCCCCUGAAAAUACUCCAAAGGGUCAAGUGGGCCACCAGGCUCCUGCCAAAGUUGCUGAGCUGCCACCAACACCACUUAGAUCGGCUGCCAAAAGCUAUGUAAAAGCCCCUUCUUUGGCCAACUUGGACAAGGUGAACUCCAACAGCCUGGAUCUUCCUUCUUCAAGUGAACUGCACCAAAUGCAUGGAGGCAAACUGCAGGAGGCCCACCUGACUGCAGUGAAUGUGGGCAGCCACAUUACAUCAUGCUUCACGCCAAGCCCUGCUCCAGUCCUCAAUAUUAAUUCUGCUAGCUUUUCCCAGGGCCUGGAGCUCAUGGGUGGCUUCAGCAUCCCCAAGGAAACCCGCAUGUACCCCAAGCUUUCGGGCUUACACAGGAGCAUGGAAUCCUUACAGAUGCCUAUGAGCCUGCACAGUGCCUUCUCAGCAGGCAACACAACAGGCCCUACAACUUCUCCUACCCCACCUGUUGCUGCCGAAGAGGAGCCCAGUGAGAUGGCCUGGACAGGAAGCCCCAGGAUCUCACAUCUGGAGAGCUCUAAUCGUGACCGGAAUACAUUGCCGAAGAAGGGACUAAGGUAUCAAGUCCAGUCCCAGGAGGAAGCCAAGGAGAGGCGGCAUUCCCAUACAAUUGGAGGGCUACAGGAGUCAGAUGACCAGUCUGAGCUGCCUUCCCCCCCUGCUCUCUCCAUGUCAUUGGUUGGAAAGGCUCCACUCACUAAUAUUGUGAGUCCCACGGCAACCAACACCCCGAGGAUCACCCGCUCUAACAGCAUCCCCACUCAUGACUCCACCUUUGAGCUGUACAACGCCUCCCCUAUGGGCAGCACCCUCUCCCUGGCAGACCGGCCCAAGGGCAUGAUCCGAUCAGGCUCUUUUCGCGACCCUGUGGAUGAUGGUGAGAGUCCUGCACCCAGCCAGGAGGACAAGAGUCUCCUCCUCAGUAAUAAUGUUCAUGGAUCCGUGCUGUCCCUGGCAUCCAGUGCUUCCUCAACAUACUCCUCAGCUGAGGAGAGGAUGCAGUCUGAGCAAAUCCGUAAACUGCGCCGUGAGUUGGAGUCAUCCCAAGAGAAGGUGGCCACACUCACUUCCCAGCUCUCAGCCAAUGCUAACUUAGUAGCUGCCUUUGAACAGAGCCUGGUGAACAUGACAUCCCGUCUCCGACAGCUUGCAGAUACUGCAGAAGAGAAGGACACUGAGCUGGUGGACUUGCGAGAAACUAUUGAUUUUUUAAAGAAAAAGAAUUCAGAAGCUCAGGCGGUUAUACAGGGAGCUCUAAAUGGGACGGACAUUACACCCAAAGAGCUGCGGAUCAAGAGGCAAAACUCCUCGGAUAGCAUAUCUAGCCUGAACAGCAUCACCAGCCAUUCCAGCAUUGGCAGUGGCAAGGAUGCAGAUGCCAAGAAGAAGAAAAAGAAAAGUUGGUUGAGGAGCUCUUUCAACAAAGCUUUCAGCAUCAAGAAGGGCCCCAAAUCUGCUUCUUCCUAUUCUGACAUAGAGGAAAUUGCCACCCCAGACUCUUCAGCACCAUCAUCUCCCAAGCUGCAACAUGGAUCCACAGAGACAGCAUCACCUUCCAUCAAAUCUUCCAAUUCUUCUUCUGUAGGAAUUGAUACCACUGAGCUCUUUCAGACCAAUGAAGAGGAAGAGCCUGAGAAAAAGGAGGUCUCGGAGCUGCGCUCAGAGCUGUGGGAAAAGGAAAUGAAACUGACUGACAUUCGUCUUGAAGCCCUAAACUCAGCCCAUCAACUUGACCAACUACGCGAAACGAUGCACAACAUGCAGCUGGAAGUAGAUUUAUUGAAAGCGGAGAAUGACCGGCUGAAGGUUACUCCUGGACCCUCUUCUCUGCCCAGUUCAAUUCCCAGUCAUAUCUUGAGCUCAACUACUGCCUCUUCCCCCAGGCGCUCUUUAGGACUCCAGCUUAGUCACCCAUUCAGUCCCAGCUUGACUGAUACAGAGCUGUCACCAAUGGAUGGCAUCACUGCCGGCACCCAGAAGGAUGAGGUGACACUUCGAAUUGUAGUGCGCAUGCCACCUCAGCACAUCAUCAAAGGGGACCUGAAGCAGCAGGAGUUUUAUCUGGGCAGCAGCAAACUGAAUGGGAAAUUGGACUGGAAAAUGCUGGAUGAAGCUGUGUGUCAGGUCUUCAAGGAUUAUAUCACCAAGAUGGACCCUGCUCUCACACUAGGGCUCAGCACUGAAUCGGUCUAUGGCUAUAGCAUCAGCCACAUCAAGCGGGUUUUGGACACAGAGCCACCAGAACUGCCACCUUGUCGAAGGGGUGUGACCAGCAUUGUUGUGACAUUAAAGGGCUUGAAAGAGAAGUGUGUGGACAGCUUGGUAUUUGAGACUCUUAUCCCCAAGCCAAUGAUGCAGCACUACAUCAGCCUUCUGCUCAAGCAUCGACGCCUCAUCCUUUCUGGGCCAAGUGGAACUGGCAAAACCUACCUGACCAACCGUCUGGCUGAGUAUUUGGUGGAGCGCUCAGGCCGUGAAGUCACCGAUGGUAUUGUCAACACUUUCAACAUGCACCAGCAAUCAUGCAAGGACCUACAGCUUUACCUCUCUAACCUGGCCAACCAGAUUGAUAGAGAAACAGGGAUAGAUGUGCCAUUAGUCAUUCUCCUUGAUGACCUUAGUGAACCUGGCUCUAUCAGUGAACUUGUCAAUGGAGCACUCACCUGCAAGUAUCAUAAAUGCCCCUAUAUCAUUGGGACAACCAACCAGCCUGUCAAGAUGACUCCAAAUCAUGGCCUCCAUCUCAGUUUCAGGAUGCUGACAUUCUCUAAUAAUGUGGAGCCAGCAAAUGGCUUCCUAGUGCGCUACCUGCGUCGGAAGCUGCUUGAGUCUGAUAGUGAUGUCAAUGCCAACCGAGAAGAGUUGUUGCGUGUACUAGACUGGGUGCCUAAGCUUUGGUAUCAUCUGCACACCUUCCUGGAGAAACACAGCACCUCUGAUUUCCUCAUUGGACCUUGUUUCUUCCUUUCAUGCCCAAUUGGUAUAGAGGAUUUCCGAACCUGGUUUAUUGACUUAUGGAACAAUUCCAUCAUUCCCUACCUUCAGGAGGGAGCAAAGGAUGGAAUCAAGGUGCAUGGGCAGAAAGCAGCCUGGGAGGACCCUGUAGAAUGGGUGCGAGAUACAUUGCCAUGGCCUUCGGCCCAGCAAGAUCAAUCAAAGCUCUAUCACCUUCCCCCACCCAGUGUGGGUCCCCAUAAUUCGGUCUCCCCUCCAGAGGAACGGAGCGGCAAGGAUUCUACACCUAACUCUCUGGAAUCAGAUCCCUUGAUGGCAAUGUUGCUGAAGCUCCAGGAAGCUGCCAACUACAUUGAAUCUCCUGACCGAGAAACCCUUGACCCCAAUGUGCAGUCUGCACUCUAAAGACAACUGGAUCAGGAUGGAACGGAGACUGGAGUGAGCUGGUCUCAGCUGCCUUCGCUCCUAGUUCUUCAUUUUUUUGUUACCUGGAACUGUGGUGUCAAAAGAACACCACAGAGGGUGGGAAGUGCCCAUCACUUGCUCUGGGAACUGUGCAGAUAGAUGGACAACAAAACUAAAGGCAGUCUGCUGCCCCUCUGCAAGAUACUGCUCCCUCCCUCAAAGACAACGGUGGUGGGAGCUUCUGUCAUAAACUUCUGGGCUUUGUGGUAUGAGCAGAGGGUCAUUUAUAAAUCCCUCAAGGGUGCCUACUGUAGAGGAUCUGGUGUGGGUAGAAACUCUGAAGACCACCUCACAGGACCAGCUGUUGCACUUCUUCGGGGCAAUGCUGGGUGGUAGCCAAGCUUGUGGUCACCUAAAACCAGGAUCUUUUUAUAGAAAAAAGAGAAAGGAAACCCCAGAAAAGAACCCAGUAAGCAUCGGAGUGGAAGAGUCACUCCUGCAGCAAAACCAGCUACUACCACAGCUGUUUCCCUCUGGAUGCUGCCCCUCAGCUUCCCUGCCACAAGAACCAUAGGCAAAGGCCUAGGACUGUUAACUCUGUCGUUGUACCUUCAUUAUUUAAUCUGCAUGGUGGUCCUUUUACAUUCAGACUCCCAAUAAACUUGGCUUUCAUUUUU